ACGACGCAUCGUAAAUUAUAUGCUCCCGAAAACCACCUCAACAGUUAUUAUCGAUAUUUAAUAGUGGCGACGAGGACAAUUGGUAACGGUGCUUACUGGCCGCAGUACAGGAAAUCGGCUUCGGAUCAUCUCAUCCUGGUGGAUAGUUUUCAGCGUACCGAGUGGCAUUUACACGGCUGUGCAGGUUUUCCCGACGGCAAUCGGCUUUGCUGCAGGGUGUGCCACUCCGUUCACUGGGAAGUUUUGUGGUGCUUGUUGGUUGGCAUCGAGGUAAGAGUCGUUGUGAGAGUGUUACGUAUAUCGGGUGAGUACCAGAAAUUUGUGAUUUAUUGGCGUUUUGGUGUUAUUUUUUCACUAUUGCAAAACAAAAGGCACGUUGUCAUAUAACUGAUUGAAAUAACAAAUUUGCGCAAGUGAAGUGGCGUGUUAAGUGGUAAAACUUGGUAAAUAUUCCUUUGGUGAUUUUACUGAUCGCUUAUUUAAAGAAAAGCUGUGUAAUUAAUUAAAACUAAAUUGGUGAUAAUUUUUAUCAAUUCGAAGCGCAGUGAACAAUGAUGCUUUUUGGCUUUAUUUACUAGAACAAAAGAAAAAGAACGCAAUAGGAAAACAAUAUAUUAUUUAUUCUGAUUAUUUGUCAGUGAACGUAUUGUAAUUUUUUGUUGUAUUACGACUUUGAGUGAACUUGUAUUGUUUUUUUUAGUUUUUGCUAAAAUGUUGACAAAUAUGUCUUACAUGGUAGCUCCCAAUAUUGAGCCCUACCGUAAGGGUCAAUCAUUUGCUUCUUGGAUUAAACGUUUAUCAUGCCAUUUCCGAGUGAAUAAGGUGAAAGAAAAUGAGAAAAAAUACCAGAUGUUACUUUUGGGAGGCGAUUUUUUGUUCAAUAUGGCAGACAAACUCUUUCCUACAGAUGAAUUGUUGGAAGAACUUUCCUAUGAAGUAGUAGUUCAAAAGCUUAAGGAGAGACUUGACAAUAAUGAUUCAGUCUUACUCCACAGAUAUAAUUUCAGUAGAAUGGUGCAACAACCUGGCGAAUCAGCCGGUGAUUACAUAUUUUCGUUGAAAGUUCUUGCGGAAAAUUGUGAGUUCGGUGAUCAAAAGGAUUACCUCAUAUUGGAUCGCAUUCUUGUUGGUCUACAAGAUGGCUCACUUCAUCAUCGCCUUUUGACUGAAAAUAACUUAACAUUAGAACAGGCUGAAAGGAUUAUCGCUUCUUGGGAAAUGGCGACUUAUCAUACAAAAAUGUUGGCUAACAAUAAUGUUGACUCUGUGGCUUCAAUAAAUACCAAGCAUCCAUUUUGUUAUCUGGAUAAUAAGGAUUAUAAACAUAACUCGCAACUUGACUUCCAACAGUUUAGGUACCGUGAUGAGUCUGCUAGUACAUCUCAUAGCCGAAGGAAAAUUGAUGGAAACCAACGGAUGGUAGACCAGCGUAUCUGUGAUUACUGCGGACAGCGAGGACACGUGCGAAGAAGGUGCUUCAACAUUAAGCGAGAGAAGAGCGAUGAAGUCAAACAUGUCGACAUCCGAAAAACUGGUGUGAUUCCGGAUAGCUUGUCCCACCAACUGGAUAGUUUGAAGACAAUGGAUUGUGGCUCGGAUAACAAUAAGGAAAAUGACCUUGAAUUGGAGUGUAUGCGUAUUUCUUCCAUUGAUUAUUCCAGUAAUUCAUGUUUAUUGGAUGUAUCUGUUGAACGUAAUGUCAUUCGAAUGCAGAUUGAUAGUGGUUCUCCGGUAACAGUAAUGGGAACAAAUUUGUUUAACUCAAAACUCAACCUUCCCUUAUGUAGAAUGUCUAAUCAACUGACUGUGAUGAAUGAUUCCACACAAAACAAAUCUGGUGAAAUUGAGGUUGCAGUUGAAUUGGAUGGGGGAUAA